GUAGGUGCCUUAUACGGGUAGCUACCUUAUUCGAGAUCUCAAAAAGCACACUGUCCAGUGAACAUGCAGUACAGCACUGCUAGUGGAGUCAUGUGCUUUGAGACUGUGUAAAUAGCUAGGUAUUAUAUGUCGGUGAUUUUCCUGUAAGGCAACAUCCGGGAACUGAUCAAGUGGUUACCACACCUGCACUACUCAAAGUCUAGCUAUCCAACGGUUUUUACACGGAGAAUUAACGGAGUCAUCGAGUGUAUGGAACAUCCGUAUCAUCAUCAUCCUCUCGUCCAAAUGGACGCGUUUUCCGUCUACGCCAACUUCAAUGGCACUUGGGCGUGUGAUGUGUGUCGCACGGUGAGCAGCGAGAGCGGUGAACGCUACCCGUAUCGCUGCCAUACGUGCAGUUUCGACUUGUGCAAGAAAUGCUUCUCUGUUGUCGGUGGCCUCCACCCCCUACACAGUCACUCACUGAAAAAGUCACGGGUGAGUGAAACGUAUCAGGGGGGAGCAUGGGGUUGUGACCAGUGUAUGAGGAUGAAUUCGGGGGAAUGGUCGUAUCAGUGCAUUGAAUGCAAUUUUGAUCUGUGUGAGACUUGCUUUCAUUCGCAGUCUCAUCCACUGCAUGAGCAUCCUCUCUUGCUGGCUGAUGCUCGUGUUGUCUAUGGGCACUACAAUGCCCGCUGGUUCUGUGAUCACUGCGGGAUGUCAAGCACUAGGAGUAGUUCAAACAUUUCCCACCACUGUCCGAAGUGUCAGUUUGACUUGUGUGUUAACUGUGUGGCUGGUCAACAACACCAUCUUCAUCCGCAUAAGCUGUUGUUGGCGAACAGCUAUGUUGUCUAUUCGAGUCAGUUGUAUAACGGGCAGUGGUUUUGUGAUAAUUGUAAGAAGAGCUCGCGAGGAGUCAUGUACAUGUGGCACUGUAGGGAGUGUCAGUUUGAUCUCUGUAUGAGCUGUUAUAGUCUCCCGGCACCACGACUGCCACCUCAACUGCCACCAUCUCGUCCUCCUGUGGCUCCUCCCACUGGAGGGAAUGGCUUAUGUUAUCCAAUGCCGGAACAGCCUGGUCAACCGCAUCCAGAUGGAACCGAUCCUACUGAAUGUGUUGUUUGUAUGGAUAAACCAAGGAACGCUGGGAUUAUUCAUGGAGAUACGUCGCAUGUUGUGUGCUGUGUUGACUGUGCACGAAAGUUGAAAACCGAGUUGCUGCCGUGCCCCAUCUGCAGGAAGCCAAUUGAAAAGGUUGUGCAGCAAUUCAAUUCGUAGUUACACCCUUCGUUACAUCACUAUGAUGUGGAAGGUGGAAAGGAUUACGAUCGGAGGACCGGCUUUAUUCCAAGUGAUGGAAGGGUUUUGUUGUUGCACAGUGUGUCACUGAUCUACCGAUGUCUUGACGUUUUGAUUGUGAUUAAUCAUACACAAC